AUGGCGGGACACCUGGCUUCCGACUUUGCCUUUUCGCCCCCACCAGGUGGUGGAGACGAUGGGCCAGGAGGGCCGGAGCCGGGCUGGGUUGACCCUCGGACCUGGCUGGGCUUCCAGGGCCCUCCUGGCGGGUCUGCCAUCGGGCCGGGGCUUGCGCCCGGGGCGGAGGUGUGGGGGAUUCCCCCGUGCCCCUCGCCGUAUGAGUUCUGCGGCGGGGUGGCCUACUGUGGGCCUCAGGCUGGAGUGGGGCUGGCACCCCAAGGCGGCCUGGAGGCCCCCCAGCUCGAGGGCGAGGCAGGAGCCGGGGUGGAGAGCAACUCUGAGGGGGCCUCCCCCGAGCCCUGCGCUGCCCUGCCUGGGGCCCUGAAGCUGGACCAGGAGAAGCUGGAGCCCAACCCCGAGGAGGAGGUGAGUGAGAACAUGAGAGCUCUGCAGAAAGACCUCGAGCAAUUCGCCAAGCUCCUGAAGCAGAAGAGGAUCACCCUGGGGUACACCCAGGCCGAUGUGGGGCUUACCCUCGGCGUUCUCUUUGGCAAGGUGUUCAGCCAAACGACCAUCUGCCGCUUUGAGGCCCUGCAGCUCAGUUUGAAGAACAUGUGUAAGCUGCGGCCCCUGCUGCAGAAGUGGGUGGAGGAAGCUGACAACAACGAGAACCUGCAGGAGAUAUGCAAAGCAGAGACCCUGCUGCAGGCCCGAAAGAGAAAGCGGACGAGUAUCGAGAACCGAGUGAAGGGCAACCUGGAGAACAUGUUCCUGCAGUGCCCGAAGCCCGCCCUGCAGCAGAUCAGCCGCAUCGCCCAGCAGCUCGGGCUGGCGAAGGACGUGGUCCGAGUGUGGUUCUGCAACCGUCGCCAGAAGGGCAAACUAUCAAGCAGUGACUAUUCUCAAAAGAGGAUUGAGGCUCCCAGGCCUCCUUUCUGGGGACCAGAAUAUUUUCCUGUGGCCCCAGGGCCCCACUUUGGCCCAGGCUAUGCGGGCCCUCACUUCACUACGCUGUACUCCACAGUCCAGUUCCCUGAGGGUGAGGCCUUUCCUGCUGUGCCCGUCACCACUCUGGGCUCUCCCAUGCAUUCAAACUGAGCUGCCUGCCUUCCCAGGACGGGGAGCAAGGGAAAGAACCCGAGAUUGUCCCAGGGCUUUGGGAUUAAGUUCCUUUCACU